UAAAAGUAUGAAAAAAAAGUUAGCGAAUCUUUGCCAUCGUUCAUAUAUUCCUUUUCUUUUUUUCCUUUUUUUUUUUCUUCCAGGCCUUAGGUCCAGUUUGAGAGCGAGCGCAAUACUAUGCUUUCCGCAGCAAAAUCCCGGGGUUCAUGCCCUCAGUGUAGGCUGCGGCUGCUGAAUUUGUUUGAAAAUGGCUUCGCCGGUUUACGAACAGAAGCCCCGCGGUCCUCUCCUCGGGCAACUUACUCGAGUCUAAGAAGUCUUCCAUUGAGUAGAAAGUCUAAUGUGCGACUCUUCUCAACGACGAAGCGAAAACUUCAAGACCAGCAGCCGACGGAAAAUCCUUCCAAAUCUAGUGACAUUGAAACCUUCGUACGACAGGCGAAACACGCUUUUGGUGAUACCUUGCCAAAAGGUUAUUUAAAUGAGGAAGAAUAUAAGCUGUACGAGCGACUGUACGGUGCUCCUCUGCGAGUGACUCGGCCAGAAGAUGUUGGCAUCCCAACAUCUAAUUUUGUCUCUGAAUAUGAAGAUGUUGCCUACGAUUCAUCCAAGGGAGUAUUACUACGGGAAGGAGAAGAUGGGAUACUAGAGGAAGUUACCUACGAAACUAAUACUGUGGUAUCUCUUUCUAAAGAUGCCAGUGAUACCAAAGGUCUCGCUUCAGCGAACAUAGAAAGCUCACAAGAACUUCCCUCUGAAGCCGGAAUAACCCAUGUCAAUGCCGUGGCCAAAAGCCAGAGAGAAUAUGAAGCUCUGCUGAGAUUGCAAAAAGACUUCGAGAAUGCUCAGCUGCGAGCAGCCGAAGAAGAGGAAAUCGAUGAAGAGCCCCUAGAGGAGGAGGAGGAGGAGGAGGAAGAUGAAGGCGAGCCCGAUGCGAGGUUUGAGGAUCGAGAAAGUCGCAUUCACAGGUACACCAAAAUAGGCCAUUGGGGAACUAAACCUUCCACCCUCAACCUACCAAAGGCGGAAUUUGUUACUCCCAUCAACGAAUUGCUCGACCGAACAGAUACUAAGCAUAUCAGAGAAGCUGCGGAGAGAGUUUUUGGCGGUCCUGGAUUUCCCAAUUCUGUGGCAACUCCCGAAGUACGAAAAAGCCCCGAGCAAAAACCGGUAGCAAUGCAAGCAGGCCAACAUAAAAUGAGUGAGAUCGAAGCGGACGCUUACGUUGCUACGAACCUUCCAGGAAUGUACGCCUCUGUAAUGAGUGUUCUAGUUGAGGUUAGGAAACGCUUGGGUUCAGAGUGGAUUCCCAAACUCAUCUCGAGAGGCGAUGGCGAGGGCCCUCGUGUGCUUGAUGUCGGUGCGGGAGGAGCUGGGUUAGCAGCCUGGCAGCAAGUUCUCGAGGCUGAAUGGGAGCUUAUGUCUGAGGGGGGCAAGAAGCCUAACCACGGCCCACCAGGAAAAAAAACGGUGGUAGUUGGCUCUCCUCUGCUCCGUCAAAGGAUAUCACGAUUUCUUCAGGACACUACAUUUCUCCCACGUUUGCCAGAUUACAUACACUCGGCCGACAAUCCAGAUUUGUUAGACGCCGGUGACAAGCCGCAGCAUAAGAAGUCAUUCGAUAUAAUCAUCGCUCCUCAUUUACUAUUGCCUCUGAAAGAAGGAUUUAAACGCAAAGCUCUACUGGACAACCUCUGGGAAAUGUUGUCGCCCGACGGUGGCGUUCUUAUUGUUAUGGAGAAAGGUCAUCCGCGGGGUUUUGAAGCUGUAGCGGACGUUCGUUCUCGCCUACUGAAGGAAUUCAUCGUGUCGCCUACCUCGGAUCCUCAACCUACGGAAAUAGAAAUGGAGGCGCGACGGGUCCGGGAGAAAGGCAUGAUUAUUGCCCCCUGUACUAACCACAAGGAAUGCCCAAUGUAUCUGACACCUGGGGUUAGCAGUGGACGAAAAGACUUUUGCCACUUUAGUCAGAGAUAUAUCCGCCCGCCAUUCUUUCAAAAGGUUCUCGGUGCCUCGCAUAGGAAUCACGCCGACAUAAAUUUCAGUUUUAUCGCUAUUCAACGCGGAACUUUGCCCGGCAUGAAGCCAGUUCCUGUACCCGAGCAGGGAGCCGACUUGACUACUCGCGCGUUCAAGGGUUAUGAGAAGGCUAGAGAACAACCGAAUACGUUAUCAUUACCUAGGAACAUCCUCCCUCCCCUGAAACGACGUGGACAUGUGACCCUCGACCUGUGCACACCUACCGGGAAGAUAGAGAGAUGGACUGUUCCCAAAAGCUUCAGCAAGCAAGCGUACCACGACGCACGAAAGACGCAGUGGGGGGAUCUAUGGGCACUAGGUGCUAAGACCCGAGUAGAGCGUAAUAUUCGACUCGGACGAGCAGGUGCAGUGGCUAAUGACGGCGGCGUGCGGUCUCGCGCAAAUACGCAGAGCAACAAGCCGAGGGUUAUUCAUCUCAACGCCGACUCGCGAGGUAUUUACAGUGCUCAGGAGAAGGGCAAGGCACGUGGUCCUGCCGAGAGGCGGACCAAGGGAGGAAAGAAGGCAAAGGUGGCUAAUUUGCUAAAGGAGUUGGAAGAGGAAGGCUUCCAGUGAGCAAGAUGUAUAAGUAGGUAAAUGAUUAGCUUGAAAUUUGUACAAAAUCUCCCCGGUAGGCGUCGGGUAUUACUACGAAUAAAUUGUAAACCAAAUCAAGAUGGACUAUGAACGAUCCGAUCCGCCUUUGCCACAAUAAUUGUAUACACGAUGGUAAUAUGGAAACAUUUUGUUCGACUUAGACAUUUCCGCUGGUGGUCCGCGGAACUCGGUAUACGGGUCGAACGAAACUAAGGUCAAUUGCUUAUUGCUGAUUGGUUAGAUAAGGCUAUCAAGUGCG